GUUAUAGUCGACGAAGUGGGACUAUGUGGAGACUUGCUUAUCGCAUUCUGGUUCAUCACUAAACACGAUCGUCAAUUUUACGGACGGUUUCUACAACCAUCUGUGUCGUCUUAUUGGUUCUAGUGAACAGCAUCAUCAACAGGCCUUCCUAAUCCGAAAUAUCAACUGUAAUUCCGAGGUUUCGCAGAUGAAGCGUCUUAAUCCAAACUCUGAGACAGCUUCAACUCUCCAACUCUACGUGGUCCAAAUGCUUUUCCAUCAACCUCAAAGCACCAACCAACAGAUUAACCAACUUCUUCGACGUCAAGUCAAUCUCCUCUCGGUAGUAAAUCAAGAAUUGCAACGAUAUUCCGCGUCAGGCAAAAUGCACGGAGUGGAAGAUCUCGAAUGCACACGUUGCGAGCGUCUUGGAGUGGGAGAUGGUGUGGGGAAUUCCAUGACCUGCAGACGAAUGGAUCGUAGGUUGAAAGUCAAUAUGACGCAUCAUUGGGAAGUCUUCAAAAAGUUCAACCAAGCCAUCGCGGCUUGCACUCAACGUCUGGAUUCAUUAAAUAAGGACAUUGAAGCCACUAGAUAUGCAAAUAUAAAGAUUAUCAAAACGUUUCAAGGAAGUGUUGGAAGUGAUGCCAUGGAAACUUCCCCCUCUGCUCAUAGAUUAUGGCUCAUCGAUUUCCGAUUCCCCUAUCGUGUCUCGAAAUCACCUUCUUGCCUGGUAGAUUACUUCCCGAGAAUUCAACGUCGAUAG